GGCAUAAAGUGUUACGGGUGACCCACCAACUUCCUUUUCACUGUGGCCGCCAUAGCGUGUGGAGCGUGGUUCCCGGCGAGCCGAAAACUAAACACCGAAAAUGGCCUGUGCCCGACCCCUGAUCUCGGUUUACUCCGAGAAAGGAGAAUCCUCAGGCAAAAAUGUAGUAAUGCCAGCUGUGUUCAAGGCCCCAAUACGCCCUGAUGUUGUGAAUUUUGUGCACACCAACAUGCGCAAGAACAGUCGCCAGCCAUAUGCAGUCAGCGAGCUGGCAGGUCACCAGACAAGUGCAGAGUCUUGGGGAACAGGAAGAGCUGUGGCCCGUAUUCCUCGUGUGAGAGGUGGCGGUACUCACCGCUCUGGCCAGGGUGCCUUUGGAAAUAUGUGUCGUGGUGGUCGCAUGUUUGCCCCGACUAAAACUUGGCGCCGUUGGCACCGCAGGAUCAACACACCCCAGAAGCGUUAUGCAAUCUGCUCUGCCCUGGCUGCCUCGGCUAUUCCUGCUCUUGUGAUGUCCAAGGGACACCGCAUUGAGGAAAUCCCUGAGGUCCCAUUGGUUGUUGAAGAUAAAGUUGAGGGGUACAAGAGGACCAAGGAAGCAGUGCUUCUGCUGAAGAAGCUUAAAGCCUGGAAUGACAUCAAAAAGGUCUAUGCCUCUCAGCGCAUGCGUGCUGGUAAGGGUAAGAUGAGGAAUCGUAGACGCAUCCAGCGUAAAGGUCCGUGCAUUGUCUACAACCAGGAUGCCGGUCUAACCAAAGCUUUCAGGAAUAUUCCAGGCAUCACUCUUCAGAACGUGAACAAACUGAACCUCCUGAGGCUCGCUCCUGGUGGUCAUGUUGGGCGGUUCUGUAUCUGGACAGAAAGUGCUUUCCGUAAGCUGGAUGAACUGUACGGCACCUGGCGUAAACCUGCCACCAUGAAGGUGGGCUACAACCUUCCAAUGCACAAGAUGACAAACACAGACCUGAGCAGGAUUUUGAAGAGUGAGGAGAUCCAGAAAGCACUUCGUGCACCCAACAAGAAGAUCAACCGCAGGGUACUGAAGAAGAAUCCUCUGAAGAAUUUGAAGAUAAUGCUCAAGCUGAACCCUUAUGCCAAGACAGCAAGACGUCUUGCCAUCCUGAAACACGACCCUGCUAUCAAGGCCAAGAUGCUGAAACCCAAGAAAAGGCCUGUAAAGAAGGGAGCACCUGCUAAACCCAAGGCAUAAAUCUAUAUGUCGAAGUUGUAAAUCAGUACAAAGACUGGAUUUCAAUAAAAGUUCUUUCAAAUGA